AUGGAGGAGAGUGACCGAACGGGUCGAGCUGGACCAGAGGCGACCAAGACGGUGGCCAGACGACUGAGUUUCGUGCCGGCGACAGUGAAGGGAUCCAGGAAGCCGUUCAACGUCACCGCCGCCACCUCACCAAUCUCCUCCCCCACCUCUCCUCACUCUCACAUCUCCAGAACCUUCCUCUCUCCUCUCUCCAAUUGGAUCGUCGUCCCCUUCCAUGGACCCCACAACGGCCCGCUCUUCCUCUCCUUCCUGCCGUGGAAGCUCUCGCAGUCCGCCACGUCGCUCUACCUCUGCGGAAACGCUGCCGUUUUGGAAAAGAUCGAAGCUUUGGACUUUAAUCUGCUCCGGAAGAAGAGAAUGACCUCCCCGUCCGAAUUAACCUCCGGAUCGGAUCCGACGGUCUCAGAUUGUCUACAGUUGAAGGAAGCCGGUGACGAUUUCGUCAAUUUGCCUAAUUUGAUCUCUAUGGCACAAAUGGUUUCCGGUCCUGUUCUUAGAUGGAUGAUUGUGAAUGAGUGGUAUUCAGCUGCAAUGGUGGGGCUGGCUGUGUCUGGGGCAAGUGACUGGUUGGAUGGAUAUGUGGCUAGAAGGAUGAGGAUUAACUCUGUUGUCGACUCCUACCUUGAUCCCCUUGCAGAUAAGGUUCUUAUUGGGUGUGUUGCAUUAGCGAUGGUGCAUAAGGAUCUUCUUCACCUUAGGCUGAGCUCUGUGUCAUUCUUUGAAUCUGUUAAAUCAGAAACUGCAGUUUCCGUGUGGGCAAGGGCUACGACUAAAGCUGCAAAGGUCAUUCCCAUAAAGCUUGAAGGCUCAAUAUCAAUCGAAGAAAGUCCACCAAAGGAGUGGAUGAAACCCACCACGAAGCAUAGCAUGAAGGCUCAACAUCAACUAAAUGAGAGGCUCAACAUCAACCGAAUGAAGUCCACCAAAGGAGUGGAGCCACCAAAGAAGUGGAGGAAUUCGAAGUCCACCAAUGAAGUGGAGGAAGUUAGCUCACCUUCAAGAAAAGGAAGCCCAUCACGAAAUGGAGUGGAUGCAACCCCACCAAAUGAGUGGAGGAAGGCUCAAAAAUUAGUGGAGGAAGUUCGGGAGGAGACUACCGGUUCCCUCGACUCGACAAAGGAGAGGAUGAAGCUUACCAUCAAGAGGAGUGUGAAUACUCAACACCGCUAG